GCGGUCGCGUUUUGAGUCUCUGUUGGUUUGUCCCUCGGCGGCUGCCGGAGCCCAGCGCUGAGCCUAGCAACAGGACUUCUGUGGGAGGAACUUGCCGACCUUCAGCCCCUGCCUUCCCAGGACGUUUUACAGCUCUCUGAUGUGAUUGAUCAGUGUGGUGCGGAGAGAGCACGGGCCACUCAAAGGCUGCGCUUGUGUCAUUUCUGAAGAACUGAAUAUUUUCGGAUCUGGGCGUUGCCAGCGUCGAUUGCCCAUCACUAACGGCCUUAGAGGGGAUUUUAUCUAGGCCGUGUUCUGUGCCUGUGGUGCCAUCGCUUUGUACGAGGUUGGCCCAUCAUGAAGCAGAUUAAGCCUGUGCUAGAUGGUGCUCGAGCUGCCUUUAACCUGGGCAAAACCCGGCCACUGGAAUUCCGCAUUCAGCAGCUGAAGGCGCUGGAGAGAAUGCUGACCGAGAAGAAGGAUCGAUUCUUGGAGGCGCUCCAGAAGGACUUGCACAAGAAUGAGUUUGCGGUGGAAGUUUAUGAAAUGACGGGGAUUCUGGGUGAGAUUACUUUGGCUAUAAACAAGCUGCCUGAGUGGAUGGCACCGGAGCAUGUGUCGAAGAGCAUGAUGACGUUGAUGGACACUGUUUACAUCCACCGAGAGCCCCUGGGUGUGGUUCUCAUCCUCGGCGCCUGGAACUACCCAUUGGCCCUUAUUCUCCAGCCUUUAGUUGGGGCCAUCGCGGCAGGAAAUGCCGCAGUCCUGAAGCCGUCGGAAGUGAGUGGGAAUACUGCGCAGCUGCUGGCGGAUCUCCUCCCUCAGUACCUGGACAAGGAACUGUACCCUGUGAUCACUGGAGGGCCAGAAGAGGCAGCCGAGCUGUUGAAGCACCCCUUCGAUCACAUCCUGUACACGGGCAGUGCUGCCAUCGGCAGGAUCGUUCUGGAGGCUGCUGCCAAGCAUCUGACACCGGUGACCCUGGAGCUCGGUGGGAAGAGUCCGUGCUACAUCGACAGCAACUGCGAUUUGGACGUUGCCUGCAGGCGUAUAGCGUGGGGUCGGUACACCAACUGUGGCCAAACCUGCAUUGCCCCCGACUACAUCCUGUGUGAUAAAAGCAUUCAAGAUGAAGUGGUGAAGAAGAUUGGCUCCACUAUUACAGAAUUUUACGGAUCUGAUCCCCAGAAAUCCCCGGACUACGGGCGAAUUGUCAACCAGCGGCAUUUUCGGAGAAUUAUGUCCUUGCUGGAGGGAGUGAAUGUGGCGUAUGGUGGUCAAAAUGACGAAGGGGAUCUCUACAUAGCUCCAACAGUUGUGACCGACGUGGACCCCGACUCCAGGAUUAUGCAGGAGGAGAUCUUUGGGCCGUUGCUGCCCAUUGUCACGGUCAGUAGUGUGGACGAGGCCAUUGCCUUCAUCAACAAGCGGGACAAGCCUCUGGCUCUCUACGUCUUCUCCCACAACAAGAAGCUGAUAAAGAAGAUGAUCACAGAGACAUCCAGCGGUGCGGUAACGGCCAACGACUGCUUCAUCCACUACUCUGUCCUGGCACUCCCCUUCGGGGGCGUGGGUAAAAGCGGCUUCGGGGCGUACCAUGGCAAACACAGCUUUGAAACGUUCAGCCACCGCCGAAGCUGUGUGCUGAAGUUGCUGGGCAUGGAAAGGGUGAACAGCAUCCGGUAUGCACCUACCAGUGACUCGAAGCAGAAGUGGAUACUGUGGCUGCUGAAACAACAUGGAGGUGGCAAGAAAAUGCAGUUUAUUGGGAUUAUGUUACUGGGAGUACUGGUUUCCAUAGUAAUGAAGCUUUUCUUCAAGUGGUAAUCGACCCGAUUUUGUUGCAUUGACCUACCGACAGUUGCACACAAAGGCAUCAGAUUUAUGGAAUCAAGAAUCGCCAAGCUCAAUAGAAAACUAAUCAAAGAAGCUACUUAACAGCACAGUGACUCUUCAUUUGGAACACCCCAAUAACCCACUACAAAGUUCUAUCACAUUUUGUGUGAAGGCACUACAUUGAAGGAGCUAGCAUUAGUACACGAUUGUGGGCUACAUGACCUCCUGGGCUGUAAUUUCGGAUUUUCCCCACAUGAUUUCAAUGUGACUUUUCUAAAAUAUGAUCACAAAUCAUUGUUUUAUUUCUGAGUGUGGUCACAUGCCCAGGGUGCUGAGAUUUCAUAUUUUAUCAUUAUUUACAACACAAGCAUUUAUUCACUGGCCUGGGAGCUUCUGUUGCAAAGGUGGUUCUUCUUUGGGUUUUCACUGAUUUCUUUUCUCUCAGCACUUUUUACCUGAACUGCGACAAACCAGCAUCAAAGGUAACAGGAUGCCCAGUGCAAAUUACACUUUAGUUCAGGCUGAGUUUCUAUUGUGUUUUUUUUACUGGUUUAAAAAAAUCUCAUUAGAGGCAGUUCCCAUCCACAAUACUGCUCAAAGUCCCUGAUGUAACUAAUCAUCAUUUCUGAAAAUAAGGUAAGAUAUCUUUAUUAGUCACAUGUGCAUCGAAACACAUAGUGAAAUGUAUCCUUUGCAUAGAGUAUUCUGGGGGCAGCCCGCAAGUGACGCCACGCUUCCAGCGCCAACAUAGCAUGCCCACAACUUCCUAACCCAUACAUCUUUGGAAUGUGGGAGGAAACCGGAGCACCCGGAGGAAACCCACGCAGACAUGGGGAGAACGUCCAAACUCCUUACAGACAGCGGCCGGAAUUGAACCCGUAUCGCAGGCACCGUAAAGCGUUAUGCUAACCAUUACACUACCGUGCCUGCCACACACAUUUGUCAUAGGCCAUUCAGCUCAUCAAGUCUAUGCUGGCUCUCACAGCAAUCCCAUUCUCCAACUCGUUACCUUCAACCUACUUUCUCUUACAUGCCCAUCACCUCCACCCUUGUAAUGAAAUAUUUUAAAACUCAUUGCUUGUUCUUUCCUGAUUCAGCAGCAAGAGGUAUUCGCAAACGGAGGCACUGUACACAUGUUAAAGGUUAUAAAAAAAACUACUUUAUUAGAAUUAUAUAAAGAAUAUUCAUUAACCAUUUGAAUAAAAUAGAAAAGGAAAGAAAAAAUACUUAUCAACCAAUCUGAUACAAUGCCAGAGGCAACCCCAGGUGUUGGCACCUCUUCUGCAGUCUCCUCUCUGCCUUGUGUCAGUUUGUCUCUUAGGCUGGUGUUGCAACUGGUUAGCCUAAGGUGAGAUUCCCCCUGCACAAAGGGGUAAUCCCUUUUUAUACCUUUUAAAACCUCUACCCUAGUACUUUUCCAUUCAGCCGCAGUACUAGUCUGUAUCUUCUUAUCUCUCAUGACCUUCGGCCUAGGCACACAACUUAAAAACAGAGAGAGCAUGUUUUGCAGAAGAACCUGUCUUCACUAUUAUCUAAUCUCAAGGCAGUGUAUGCCUGUAUGUUCUCAGAACAUUACCAUAUUCCAAGCUGACACCAUUUUGUGUUCCACACUUUUGCACAUAGCAAGGAGGAAUCAGAUACGACUUCUGGAAAAUUUAAUUCUCCCCUUACACCACCUACAAUUCUUCUACCACCUACAAUAGGGGUAAUUUACAACAGUCAAUCAACCCACCAACCCGCAUGCCUUUGGGACAUGGGAGGAAACCCACGUGGUCACUGGGAGAACGUGCAAACUCCGCACAGACAGCACCCUGAACUCAGUGUCAAUGUGGUGUUUGGGUACUGGUUUUCAGCUUUAUGAGGAGGGUUUUAAAAUUAAACCCAUCCCUUGGACAUUAGGGAAGUUUUAAAAGCACUGGAAUGCAAUGUUAAUUUACUGAGAAAUGGGUGUGACAACUGCCAAAACAAUGAUUAACGUGUUCAUACCUGUGUUAAUCACCCUCCAUCAAGAUAUCACUGAUAUAACAUGCAAUACAUUUUUCUAAAAUGCGGCCCAGUUCCUCUGGCCCGUGGAAGCUGAGAUGGAAAUGAGUUUCUGCAGAAACUGGAGAGAAGGGGAAACCUGUCAAAACUGGAGCAAUUUUGGGUGUAGUCUGGCACCUGGAACACUGAUAGUGUCCAAAGUGGGAAGUCUGAGCCCCGUGCCCUAGCCUUGGUCUCUGGGCCUGCUGCCCCUUUCUAGUAAAGUGAUUUCUUAUUGAUGGGGAACCCUGCUGAUUGCUAUCGAGCUUCCCGUGAGUUUCACUUUACUCACACACUCACCAUACGCUUUGUCCAGCACAGUACAUCUCGGGCACCUCUGUGUGUUCACUCCUUCCUCUCUCAAUCUCUGUCUCCAUCUCUCUCUCUCUCUCUCCAUCUCUCUCUCUCACACUCUCUCUCACUAUCUCUCUCAUGCUUGUGUCUUUUGUCCAAGGGUCCUGUUCUAAUUUUUAAUUAAUAUUGGGGUUUAACUUGAUCAAAAGCCACAUUUGAUUUUUGUUUAAGCAUCUGCUCAGGGUUAUAACCCAGACAGAUCCUCGGGUCAGGUUGCACUCCUGCCUGAAAGUGAGAAGGCCUUGGGGGCGUGAAGGAUCCCAUGAUGAAUAAGGGAAUUGGCCCCAGUGUCCGGGGACCACUAUUUCUCCAUCAACAUCACUGAUUUAUGCUUAUUAUUUGUCUACCAUUCGGGGAAUCUGUUGUGCAGAAAAUGGAUGCUGUGUUCUAAUAACUGCAAUCACACUGCAAAAACCUAGAAAGCACCAUGGCAGAUCCUGAAGGGGAAGUCAGAGGUGCUGUAGAAAUGCAAGCUUUCAGCAAAAUAUCUCUGCAAUUGAUUAAUGUAACAUGCAUUCAUGUGCAGUUUUAAUAAAACAUUUUGAUCACGGUGA